CAAUAUAUGAGAUGAAUAUAGCAUAAGAAUUAAAAAUAUUAACUGCAAAAUACGAGGAAGCAGUAAUAACAAUAUUCUAGGAGUGAUAGGAAUCCAUACUUGUAACAAUUGCUUGCUUGAAGGUUACAACGAGAAAGUAGCUAUUAACAAUCAUUGAAUAUUCAAAGUGGACAAGUCAAAAGAUUUUGAAAGGGAAGGAGAACAAAUUUUGAGGAACAUGAAGUGAUGACCGAAGUGCAUAUGGGUUUGUGUUUCGGAUAUAGCUAUCCAAGUUGGAGUGAGCUUAUCGCUCUUCUUAGAAUGCUACAAUUCUCUUUAUUAGAUUUUUCUUUAGAAAAUCUUGCUUGAACAUUGUCUGAGAUAGUAGGUAAGUUUGAUUUUAGUACAUUCCUUUGUUCACGCUAAUGACUUGUUAUUUUCUAUUUAAUAUCACUUCUUAUUCAUUCAGAUCUGUUGCUGAGAUUCUAAGAGAAUAUUAAGUUAGCAUCAUCAUGGACACAAAAUCGUUAGCAAAAUCAAAGAGAGCACAUUCUCAGCAUCAUAAGAAACAUCAUCCAAAUCAAAAGGUGAAAGGUAGUGCUAGCUCUGUAGGAGCCACCGGCGUGGACAAGGCACCAGGGAAAGUAGUUAAAGAAAAACCUCGUCAUUCUCAGGGCCCAGCUGCACUUCCCUCUAAUUGGGACCGAUAUGAGGAUGAAAAGGAUCCCAUUACAGAAGAUCAAAAAGAUGGUCAAUCUAGUCAACCAAGUGACAUUGUUAUACCUAAAAGCAAAGGUGCAGAUUACAGUUACUUGAUCUCUGAGGCCAAGUCCCAGAAUUCUACGAGGUUCUCUUCAGAAAUCUUUCCAUCUCUUGAUGAUUUUGUUUCUGAUUUUGGUCAGGGAAAAGAUGCGUUCUUUACUGUCCGAGGAGAAAGCUUACUAUCAUCAAUUCAAAAUGACAGUUUCUUUGUGGAGGAUAAGAAACCUGCAAACUAUGAGGCUUCAUUUCUCUCGCUGAAUUUGCAAGCUCUUUCAGAACAACUUGCGAAAAUAGAUUUACCAAAACGGCUUUUCAUGGAAGCCGAUUUGUUCCCUCCAGAACUGUAUUGUGAAAUAGAAGAACGCCAUAAAUCUAGCCAGGGUCACGAUAGCACGAAUAGAAAUGAGUUACCAGCGAAUAACAAUCAUGAAAUCACAUCAUACGACACCACCAAGAGCCGCCACCAUUCUGUUCAGGACCCUGCUAGCAGUACCCGUUUGAACCCAAUGAUGCAGCCCACACCAAAUUCAAAUCCAAAAUCUGUUGCAAAGCCAAGUGCGGAGCAAUCAAACUUCAAACCAGAAACAGCUGAAGCAGAACUUGAUAUGCUGCUUGAUUCUUUUGCUGAUACUAACUUGAAAGAAACGGCCUCAACCUCAAAGAAAACGACGAUAGCUAUUGAUAUUGAUGAUACCCUCGAUGACCUACUCAAGGAAACAUCGACUCCGGCUUUGCUAGAUCAGAGCGGUGCACCACCGUCUCACGAGCCGAGGUCCACUCCUCUUGGUUCCAUAUCGCACCCAUCCCAACCUGUGUCCAAGUUUGAACCAGGUGAUGAUUUCGAUUCAUGGUUAGAUACCAUCUGACUCCGUUUUCGAUACACAUGCGAAAUACAAAAAACCAUUCGAAGUUGGUCGUUCGUUUUUGAAUCAGCAGAAUGGAAGGUGGAUUUUAAUCCGUGUACUUCAGUGUGUGUUUGGUAUACAGGACCGGAAAGAACGAAAACUAAUUGUUACAGGUUUGAUUUACGACAUCAAACCAAGACAAGACAAGACAUAACGAAGUGGGACAAAAUGCAUUUUUUUUUUACCCAUCAAAAGAGGUGGAACAAAUGUCAGGUGAUGGACAUUAUUGGUAAAUUACUAAACUAUUCAUUUGCAGUUAAAAUCUUUAAAACCUUGCACAUUUCUUUCACUCACCCAUCAGUACAGUCUCGUCCACAUACCAAGUGCACCGUCAAAGUAUUACCAUGUAAUUAUUUAGGUGAUGCGUUGGCAGGAAAUCUUAGUUUUGUGUAUUUUAUACGAC